CUGGCAUCGCAGGUGCACUUGCGACCUUCUCAUUUUUUGAAGAAAAGUCUGAACUUUCAUCCGCCACCGCCCUCUCCAACCCAAGGUUGCGAAUGCAAGUCUGCUGAAAGUACGUACAUUCCGUCGCUUUGCUUUUGCUAAUAAGAUGCCAAUAUUAUAAUAAGCCACAAUACUCUCUUUCAUGCCUUCAUCCGCUUUUGUGGAUAAGCACUGCUAGUAGCUAGCUAGUAUCCUUCAAACCAUCCAUAUAGGUCUUGUCAAGAUUGCAGUUGCUCGUUGUCCGAUCUUUGUGGCCUCGCCAUCAAUCACAACCUUGCAAUUCAAGUAAGAUACCAUCUUUCUUUGGGAGCAAUUAAUAAAAAUCAACGCCAAGGAAAUAAAUAUUCCACUGAAUAAAUAUCCAAUCCAAGCAACACCAUGACAAUGGCAUCAACACCGUCACUCGCCCAACCCAAAAAUAAUGAGGAGAUCGUGUAUUCUACUCCCGUCAACUUUGACGGACAACAACCAGAAACACAAGAAACACCGCCAUCGACUCCCGGCACUCCCACUCGAGCAUUUCACGCUUUUCAGCGUCUGAAACAACGAACGGAUUCCUUUUGGCCCAGUCAACGAAGUCUUUUGCGGCGUCAUCCUUCCUUGGAACUCCUCGUUCCCGCCCAUGAUUGCGAAUCGCGACGAUCGUCUCCGGCCAUUGCCAUUUUCAAUUUGGUGGCGACCGUCUGUGGCGGGGGUGUCUUGAGUUUACCAAUGGCAUUUUCCCGUGCCGGCUUGAUUCCGUCGUUUUUGCUCAUGGUAUUUGCGGCGCUCAUUACCAAUUUUGCCAUGUACAUUUUGUGUUCCUGUGCCCGACGGACCGGAGGACGAUCGUAUGGCGAUGUCAUGCGCAAUGCGUUUGGACCUUUGGCCGAAUUGGGCGCUACUGUCUUGCUCUUUCUACUGCUCUUUUUGGUAAUCGUCGCCUACAUGGUACUGCUCAAGGAUAUUUGGACACCGGUGUUGCUCACAUUGGCACCCACCAGUUGGACGGACAAGUUCCUGGAAGUUGUCAGUAGUACUAUCAGUACCAAUGACACUACCGAUGCACAAGAGCAACAAGAAGAAAACGCCUCACAUUAUCUCUUGAUACUGAUUUUGGUCUUGAAUUUACCACUCCUCUUGCAGACGGAUCUACAUGCCCUCCGUCAUACUUGCUACGUCGGAUUUGCGUCCGCGGUGAUCCUCAUGCUGGGGGUCACGCAACAGGCCCUGCAACGCAACUGGCAAUCACCGGGAUUGUUUUCUGCCAAUGUGGUCUGGGUGGGAGAUCGAGAUGGAAUCCUCUACGCGUUCCCCAUUGUCGUAUUGAGCUUUUUCAGUAUCUACAAUGUAUUGACCGUCCACAGCGCCCUCUUCAAUCCCACGCGAGAUCGGGUCAAGUUUGUUCUGGAUGGAACCAUUGGCCUGUGCUUUUUACUCUUCUUCACGGUCGGAGUCUUUGGCUAUCUGUACUCCUACACGGACACACGCGACAAUAUACUUCUCAACUUUCCACUGUCUGUCAAAGUCAUUCUCCUGGGAAGGAUUGGCUAUGGAGUCACGAUUCUCUUUGGAAUGCCACUGGUGUUCCUGCCGUGUCGGGCUGCCAUUCUUUCGCUACCCACGCAAAUCAAGGAAUGGAAAGAAGCAUCGGAACAGGACAGUCGAGCCAUGAUGAAGGGGACCAAACAUCACGUUGCCAACGGUGUCACGUUCGAUGAAGAGUGCCCGCUCCUACUGGAAGCCAUUGCCAAUACCCGGGCUCAAAUCCUGCCACCCGCCGCAGACGGAGCCAAAUCUGGAGACGGUACCGUCUCGACCGCCAACUCCGAGGAGGAUUUAACACCCGAAACGACAAACUACGACACUUUGGGUAAUAUCACCACUACGCCACUGCCCCCCGUCGAUCCCACACUGGAGGGAGCACGAGACAGACGUGUGCAUGUAGCAUCCACUCUCCUUAUCCUGGUCAUGUCCUUCAUCAUGGCAGUGGGGGUGCCAGGUGUGGGUGUUGUGUGGAGUAUUGCCGGAUCUUCCAUGGCUAUCAUCAUUGGAUUCAUCAUCCCCGCAUCGUGUUACCUCAAGAUUCGCACGCACAAAAACGUCAAUCCACGAUCGGUCGGUGCCACAAUGCUCCUGAUCUUCUCCAUAAUAUCCAGCGUUGUCUGCACAUACCGGACCGUGCGCCAAGAGUUCUUCUCCUCUAGCCUCUAGCUAUCGAGGUCCAGCUACGAGGGCAAGGUGGCGGCGUUUUUGGUGAUGUGUUGCCUACAUGCAUAUUGUUGCUUUGUUCACACUCGUACCCGGGUCUACCGGACCCAACUCGACCAAUUUUUCCGGAUCUUUUGGCAAUGCUGUGUGGUGUCCAUGGCAUGGCUACAACAAGAUAUUUCAUACUUGACAUCUUCAAAUUUAAAGACAUAGACCCUUUUUCUUCAAGUCACUGUGAUAAUCCGUGUCAUUGCUGCAUCCUCCGCCACCAGACGACGAUGCUUCCACACCUUUCUGUGGUCGUUCCUACAGCUGUUUGUGACGUCGGGCAGGGUUACCUACAUCAUUGUCGAGAUCGAAUACUAUCACAUUAACAAUCUUUUACAGACACAGAGUUAGCUCAAA